CUCUAGGGUAAGGUUUCAGGUCAGCUGGGGUGUAUAAAGAUAGGUGCCAAGCCUAGGCAGCAAAGACGACAGUGAAUGGCAAGAAGCAGGCAGAUCCUUGCUGCCGCCACCUGGGAUGGAGCCCUAAGGAGCCUUAAGGAGGCCCCGUGCUUCCCCUACCCUGGCUGGACUCACAGCCUCCUCCCUGCACUAAAGCCCAGGACUACAGAGUGGCCUCCCCUCCCCGGACCUCCUCUGGACCCUGGAGGGACUAGGCAGAGCCUUCUGGGACCAUGGUUGGACUAAAGCCUUCAGAGGUGCCUCCCACAACAGCUGUGAAGUUCUUGGGAGCAGGCACGGCUGCCUGUUUUGCUGACCUCCUCACCUUUCCACUGGACACAGCCAAGGUCCGCCUGCAGAUCCAGGGGGAGAACCACGCAGCACAGAGCGCCCAGUACCGCGGCGUGCUGGGCACCAUUCUGACCAUGGUGCGCACCGAGGGUGCCCGUAGCCCCUACAACGGGCUGAUCGCCGGCCUGCAGCGCCAGAUGAGCUUCGCCUCCAUCCGUAUUGGCCUCUAUGACUCCGUUAAGCAGUUCUACACCCCCAAAGGAUCGGAUUGCUCCAGCAUCACCACCCGGAUUUUGGCGGGCUGCACCACAGGGGCCAUGGCAGUGACCUGCGCCCAGCCCACAGAUGUGGUGAAGAUCCGGUUUCAGGCCAGCAUGUGCCUUGGGCCUGGGAGCGACAGGAAGUACAGCGGGACAAUGGAUGCCUACAGGACCAUCGCCAGAGAGGAAGGCAUCAAGGGCCUGUGGAAAGGAACGUGGCCCAACAUCACAAGGAAUGCCAUUGUCAACUGUGCUGAGAUGGUGACCUAUGACAUCAUCAAGGAGAAGCUGCUAGACUAUCACCUGCUCACCGACAACUUACCCUGCCACUUCGUCUCCGCCUUUGGAGCCGGCUUCUGUGCCACGGUGGUGGCCUCCCCAGUGGAUGUGGUGAAGACCCGGUACAUGAACUCGCCCCCAGGCCAGUACCGCAGCCCCCUGGACUGUAUGCUGAAGAUGGUGGCCUGGGAGGGCCCCACAGCCUUCUACAAAGGAUUUACACCCUCCUUCUUGCGUUUGGGAACCUGGAACGUGGUGAUGUUUGUGACCUACGAGCAGUUGAAACGGGCCUUGAUGAAAGUCCAGGCGCUUCGGGAAUCUCCGUUUUGAAUGAGACAAGGCCACUCAGUGCUUAACUGGAACAAAACCAGUUAAAGCAGUGGGUCCAUGCACACAUGGACACAGACCCACACAUGUUUACAGAACUGUUUCCUUUCUACUGACUCAAGAAAUAGAAGAGGAGGAAGGAUUCUGGUCUUCAGUGCUUUAUCUUAAGAACACCUUUGUUUUGCACUGACAAGAUGAAAAAUAAAUUAUAUUAAUUUAGGUAAUUUAGGUUUGAUGCCUAACAUUUAGGCAUGAGGAAAUAAACCAAAACAGAUUCAUUUGGGUAAAAUGGAAGUCUGCACAUGUAUGUCCCCUAAAAAUAUGAUUAAAUGAUGAAUUAUAAACAGGAAAGACUGCCAGCCCAGGACCACGUGGCAGACAUGACACACUUGGAAAUCAGCUACGGAGGCUGGAAGGACACUGCCAGAGCUACACAGGCUGUGAGCACAGCCUUCAAGUAACUGCAGGUCAUCAGCCAUGUGCGUAAUGUGUCUGCCAGUAGAAUCCACUGGAUUCUAGGACACGUGAGAAAGAAAAGAGAAAACCUAGAACCUAGGCCAAAGGAGCGCUGCUAGGCCAAUGUGAGAUGUUCCCUGACCACUCUGCAGAAUCAAGAGGGCAGCGCCGUCUCCUUUCCUGGGAGUAAUAAUCCCUUCCCUUCUACCACCCCACGGGUGUUAUGAGGAUCAGUGAGAAGCUGCACAGAAAGUGCCUAAAAAAGCAAAACCUCAGUACAGUAAAAGUAAGGACAAUGCCUUGGGGAAGGUUUUGUCAGGAGAAUGGGGAGCUGCCAGGGAAGAAGGUGUUGAAAGACGGUUUUCUGGAGGUGAGACCGAAGGAAGCAGGGACCAGGGCCGAGGUGACAGAGGGUGAUAUGCAGCUGCAGAAGCCCCGCUCCCAUGCAGCCCCGUUCCAGGGCAGUCUUGAGAGGCACCUGCAAGGGCGUGGGGUUUGGGGAAGAAGGGGUAGAUGCCAGCUGACAGCCCCAAGUAGCAAGACUCAGAGUGUUUUGGAAAUUUAUUAUGACUCAAUAAAGAAAUCCAAACCUUGAGUGUGGGAAUGAGCACAGCCACUUUUCAGCCUCCUCUUUCUUGAACAAAAUUGCCCCUUCUCACCUCAGGCUUCCUGUUUGUCAGGGCUGGGCCACAUCUGGCCCCACACGCCCACAUUGCCUUCUGCCCUCCGCAUGCUGGUUGCUCUGCCUUUUAGGGCUUUAGCUUCUCUACCUGUAAAAGGCAGGACUGAACCACCUGACCUCCUUCUGAACUUGACUGGAUGUCUUUCAGGUUGAUAAUGAGGACCCAGAAUGCCAGUCUCUUUCUGCUGCUCAGCAGCCUAUGUGGCUCUGAUGACAGAACUGGGUUCAAACUUCACCCUCCACUCACUGUCCCUCUUCUCUGUUCUCUGCCAUGCUGAGCUGUGCAGAGCUCUCACCACGGGAUGGCCCGGGCAUUCUCAAGCAUAAGGCACCAGACCUCCAGAGCUACCCUCACUGUCCCAGGGCCCUCACACCACAGACACGGAGCUCCACACAGCUACACUCAGAGCAAGCUGCUGGCCAACAUGUAACAGGAUCUUCAAAAUUCACAAAGAAAACAGGCAAAGUAGGCUGUCCUCUACAUAUCCACAAGGAGCUAUGCUACAGAAGUAUAACUUACACAUGUCAAGAAAGAUGAAUGCACAUACUUUGAGGAACUAUUAUAGUCUAGAUUAUUUUAUGCUGUACCUUUACCAUUUAUUGGAUAUUGUUGUAAAGGGCCUGAGGGUAACACCAUUUUUGCAUUAUACUGAAAGAGGACAUUAUGAACAAUGAGAAGAGCUAUGUUUCAUUGUCCAGUCUUAUCAGGGCCGGCAGAGGUUUCCUGGCAUAGACAAUACAUUGAUAUUACGAAUCAGUGUAAACCAUCGAAUUUUUUUGUUUUUCAGAUUUCGAGGACUGGUCACAUAUAGUGUGACCAUUUGAAGCACGGUCACCUUUUCUACCAAAACAGCCCAUGGAAACAGACAUAGAGGCAUAGUGGGUGGUACAGGCUGGUCAAAUUACAAAAAUGACAUAAAGAUAUGCAUUUUGCCUGAGAAAUAUAAAAGACUUAUAUAAAUAUAAGAGAAAUAUAAA